AUGGACAGCAAUCCUGAAGACCCACAGGACGCAGAUCUCCUCCUUGAUGCUGAGGAAGGACUCGACAGUCCAAAAGGAAGACCUGUAAGGCGUACAUCAACUAGAGAGGCUCUGCACUCUGUACUUUCGAGCUGGGUGUCAAGGAGGUUCUUUGGGGGAUGCGCGGUGCUGUUUCCCAUGGUCAUUACUGUGUACAUCACCUGGUGGUUCCUCACCUUCUUUGACAACUUCUUCUCGCCUGUCUACGAGGCCCUCUUUGGCUUCCACGUUUUUGGCCUCGGCUUUGUGACAUCCAUGGGCUUCAUCAUCGGCACAGGUGUGUUUGUGUCAUCCUGGUUGGGAGGGCUGCUGCUGCAAGUGGCAGACUGGAUUAUCAAGAAACUGCCCCUCAUCAAGCACAUCUACUCUGCAGCAAAGCAGGUGAGCGGGGCUGUGAACCCUGCGAACGAAACCACGGCAUCGUUCCGGGAGUGCGUGCUCAUACGGCAUCCCAGGCAUGGCGAGUAUGCCUUCGCCUUCAUCACAGGCACGACUGUGCUGCAGCAAGAGGAUGGGUCGCCGGGGAUGGAGCUGUACAGUGUGUAUGUGCCCACCAAUCACAUCUACGUGGGGGACAUCUUCCUGCUGGGCCGAGAGGAUGUCAUCCACACCAACCUCUCCGUGCGAGAGGGUCUAGAGAUCGUUGUUUCUGUGGGCAUGGCGUUGCCGCGCAACCUGUCAGGCUACAUCAAGACAUAG